UGUCGCGAUUGACGAUGACAAACCAGUCGGUCGGCCACCUAACCCGAUCUCGCUCGCUGAGUCGGUAAAUUACUCAUAAGUCGCGGGUUGCCAGUGGCAAACGCGGCGUCGAUCACCGCGUAAUGACCCUGUGACGUGAUAACAUGAGCAAAGACGUAGAAGAUAUCUCAGAGGAAGCCACCUCGCCAACUCCGGCCGUCCACGUGGAUCAUUACGAUGGUUCAGAUUUGGAAAAUUCAAAACUGUUGUAUUUACAAUCACCGACUCCGACCGUAACGCCAUCUGGCCAAAUGCGCAAGGUGAAAAGUUAUACCGAUACUCACCGUAUACGAGAUGUAAAUGCUGCGUCUGGUGCAGCCUCCUCGAGGAGUCUGCGUCCUUAUGAACAUGUGAUCGCUUACCCAGAUGGCUCAGAGUCCAGCACAAACCACUAUGCUCCUUCUGUUCGCUCCCUUGCAUCUAUUGGGAUGGGGUGCACGGAUGGCCGGAAAAUGGUCAUACGACGCGUCCCAACUUCUCCUACCGAAUUGUUUCAUCUCGUUCGUCCUCCUACGCCACCCGAUGAAGACACCGCAUCACACGACAGUGACUGUGGAGAGGAAGAAGAAGAUGCUGAAACGGUACACCUGAAGCCGCGAAGACCUUUUUGGGCAAACAAAAUACAAUUUGUGCUGGCAUGUGUUGGCUACUCCGUCGGACUUGGCAACGUUUGGCGAUUUCCAUAUUUAUGUUACAAAAGUGGUGGAGGUGCGUUCCUGAUUCCUUACUUCAUAAUACUUCUGGUAUGUGGCGUGCCUAUGCUUUUUAUGGAAUUAGCUAUAGGCCAGUACACAGCCCAUGGCCCCAUCGGCGCGCUCUCUCAAAUAUGUCCAUUGUUGAAAGGGGCCGGACUUGCAAGUGUUGUCAUCUCGUUUUUAAUGUCUACAUACUACGCAGUGAUCAUCGCAUGGGCUAUUUAUUACUUCUUUACAUCAUUUAAAUCAGAAGUCCCCUGGGCGACGUGCUCCAAUCGAUGGAAUACGCCUUCUUGCUGGAUCCCAAAUCAUAACAUUACAAAACCUAAUGGAUCGCAGACACCUACAGAACAAUUUUUCGAGUAA